CAAGAGAGAGGGAGAGAAAGAGAGAGAUUGCAGAUUUUCCUUCUUGCCUUUCCAUUAGCGACGUUCACUCCUCUCAGAACAAGCUUACACGUCCACACUUGCGCACUAGGCGGACCUCUCACGCCCUUCUCAGCUUGGUUCCUGAGAUGCUCCUACCUGGCAAAGAGAGAGAUAACCCCUCCAGCAGCGGCUCCCCAUGACGGUACUACCCCGAGCAUGGUGCAAAAAUCCCGCAACGGCGGGGUCUACCCUGGCCCCGCCGCCGAGAAGAAGCUCAAAGUGGGCUUUGUUGGGCUAGAGGCAGGUGCGACAGACUCGAACCGAGACGGGGCUCUGCUCAUAACCGGCACCGAGGAAACCAAACGAGGCAGCAUCUUGAGCAAGCAGCGCUCCAGCAUCUCCGGGAAGAAACCACCGAAGAGAAACGCCUUCUAUAGACGGCUGCAGAAUUUCCUUUACAAUGUAUUGGAGAGACCAAGAGGAUGGGCGUUUAUUUACCAUGCUUAUGUGUUCCUGCUGGUGUUCUCCUGCCUGGUCCUCUCAGUGUUCUCCACCAUCAAGGAGUACGAGAAGAGCUCCGAGGAUGCUUUGUACAUACUGGAAAUUGUGACGAUCGUUGUGUUUGGCGUGGAGUACAUCGUCAGGAUCUGGUCAGCAGGAUGUUGCUGCAGGUACAGGGGAUGGAAAGGCCGUCUGAAGUUUGCCCGCAAGCCCUUCUGCGUUAUCGACGUCAUGGUGCUGAUAGCCUCCAUCUCGGUGCUGGCCGCCGGCACCCAGGGGAAUGUGUUUGCCACCUCGGCCAUCAGGAGUCUGCGUUUCCUGCAGAUCCUGCGAAUGAUCCGGAUGGACCGGCGAGGGGGGACCUGGAAACUCCUCGGCUCGGUCGUCUAUGCCCACAGCAAGGAACUCAUCACAGCCUGGUACAUUGGCUUCCUGUGCCUGAUCCUGGCCUCCUUCCUGGUGUAUCUGGCAGAGAAAGAGGACAACGAGAUGUUUGAGACCUAUGCUGAUGCUCUCUGGUGGGGCUUGAUAACCCUGACCACCAUUGGCUACGGGGAUAAGUAUCCGACAACAUGGAACGGGCGUCUUUUGGCUGCAACAUUUACACUCAUUGGCGUGUCAUUCUUCGCUCUCCCAGCGGGAAUCUUGGGCUCCGGGUUUGCCUUGAAAGUGCAAGAACAACAUCGACAAAAACACUUUGAGAAACGGCGCAAUCCUGCAGCUGGUCUCAUCCAGGCGGCCUGGAGGUUUUAUGCCACCAAUCUCAACCGCACAGACAUGCAGUCGACUUGGGACUAUUACGAAAGAACUAUAUCUGUCCCAAUGUACAGGCUCAUUCCUCCACUGAAUCAGUUGGAUUUGCUUCGCAACCUGAAAAGCAAAUCUGGACUCUCCUUCAGAAAGGAGCCACAGCCAGAGCCUUCUCCCAGUCAGAAGGUGAGUCUGAAGGAGAGGGUGUUCUCCAGCCCGCGGAGCUCCGGGACCAAAGGCAAGGGCUCUCCGCAGGCCCAGCAGGCCCAGCAGCCCCUGCGCCGCUCCCCGAGCGCGGACCAGAACAGCAUCGAGGACAGCCCCUCCAAAGUGCCCAAGAGCUUUAGCUUCGGCGACCGCAGCCGGGCCCGACAGGCCUUCCGCUUCAAAGGGGCGGCCUCCCGACAGAACUCCGAAGAGGCGAGCCUUCCCGGGGAGGAUGUUGUGGACGACAACAAAAGUUGCCACUGUGAGUUUGUGUCUCAGGAUUUAACGCCUGGACUCAAAGUCACCAUAAGGGCUGUGUGCAUAAUGAGGUUUAUGGUCUCUAAGCGAAAGUUCAAGGAGAGUCUAAGGCCGUACGACGUGAUGGACGUUAUAGAGCAGUACUCGGCCGGCCACUUGGACAUGCUGGCCAGGAUUAAAAACCUGCAGUCCAGGAUAGAUAUGAUUUUGGGUCCCCCAGGGCCCUCCACCCCCCGCCAUAAGAAGUAUGCAACCAAAGGAGCCAAAGAGUCACCUCAGUACUCUCCUAGAGUUGACCAGAUUGUUGGUAGAGGUCCUCCAGUCGCAGAUAAGGACCGUCCGAAAGGGACCACCGACGCGGAGAGUCAAGAAGAUCCCAGCAUGAUGGGAAGAUUGCUGAAAGUGGAGAAGCAGGUGAUGUCAAUGGAGAGAAAGCUUGACUUCCUGGUGAAUAUCUAUGUCCAGAGAAUGGGCAUACCACAGUCGGAGACAGACGCCUAUUUCAGCUCCAAAGAGCCGGACCCCGCGCCUCCCUACCACAGUCCGGUGGAGCACCUGGAGAAGACUGGCUCCAUCACCAAAAUCAUCCGCUCCAGCAGCUCCGGCCAGAAGAACUUCGACGCGCCUCCCACCACCUGCCUCAACCAGUCUCACUGCCCCCCCUCCACGUCCUGGCACCCUCACCCACACCCCCACUCGGACGGCCCCCGUCGCAGCCAGGGCGCCUCGCCUGUGGGCGACCCCUCCCUGGUGCGCAUCCCACCGCCCCCCGCCAAUGAGCGCUCCUCUGGGGGCCACAAUGGCCACAAGGGCGGCCACCACUCCCGAGGGUCUGGAGGAAAAGGAGGAGGAGGGGGAGAGGAGGCCAAGGCCAGGGAGGCCCAGGGAGGCUUGGCGCAGGCGGGAGCAGAGAGCGACACCUCCAUCUCCAUCCCGUCCGUAGACCACGAGGAGCUGGAGCGCUCCUUCAGCGGCUUCAGCAUCUCCCAGUCCAAGGAGAACCUGGAAUUCCUCAACAACGACUACUUCAGCAGCGCCGCCCGCUGCACCAAGGCACGGCCGUACAUCGCCGAGGGCGAGUCGGACACCGACUCGGACCUCGGCGCCCCCUCGCCACACUCGGCCACAGGGGAAGACGGGGCGUACGGGGACAGUGGCUGGACCGCUCCCAAGUAGGCUGCCCAGACAGAUCCGUGGGAUGGGAGAAGAUCGGCAAAGGACACCAAAGUCCAAAUGUGACCGGUUGGUACGCUGACCUGCAUGUUACCGAUGUCUGUAAACUGUCCAGGGCUGACCUCAGCUCAGUGACUCUGUGACUCUGCUCAGACAUGUCUGUGGGUCAAGAAGCGUUCCAGCCACGGAGGCCAGUGUGCAGUUUCUGCAACAGAAAUCAACUGGCCUCUGCUCUGGACUUUGACGGACAGGAAGAUAAAAAAAAAAAAACAGUUUUUUUUAUGGACAAGAGGUGUCUGCUUAUCAUAAUGGGAAAGUCUUUAUCCACCUGACACAAAACAAAACAUGUGUUUGUCUGUCUGCAUUCACACACAUAACAAACAAACUCACACACACAUACUCAUCUGAAAAUGUUCACAACUGAUUGUUUUUUAAACCAU